GACUAGCUAUUAGGGUUUUGUUUGCAAACCCCAAUUCGAUUCCCAACCACAUCAGCCGCCGCCGUCCCGUCACCACCACCAACCUUGGUAGCAGCCGCCGUCCGGUCAUCACCACCACCUUGGUAGCCGCCGCCGAAGCGCGCCGCGGGCGCGGGCGCUCGCGAUGGCUAACCGCACGGACCCCCUCGCGAAGAGCAUCCAUGGGACGAACCCACAAAACCUGGUGGAGAAGAUCGUGCGCUCCAAGAUCUAUCAGAGCACCUACUGGAAGGAGCAAUGCUUCGGCCUCACCGCAGAGACGCUAGUCGACAAGGCCAUGGAGCUCGACCACACCGGCGGAACCUACGGCGGCAACCGCAAGCCCACCCCUUUCCUCUGCCUCGCGCUCAAGAUGCUGCAGAUCCAACCAGACAAGGACAUCGUAGUCGAGUUCAUCAAGAACGAGGAUUACAAGUAUGUUCGUGUUCUCGGGGCCUUCUACCUGCGUCUCACUGGCACAAUUGCUGACGUCUACCAGUAUCUUGAGCCGCUCUACAACGACUACCGCAAGAUCAGGCACAAGCUCAGCGAUGGACAGUUCACACUUACCCAUGUUGAUGAGUUCAUUGAUGAGUUGCUGACCAAGGAUUACUCCUGUGAUACAGCCAUGCCUCGCAUCCAGAAAAGAUGGGUUCUUGAAGCGUCUGGAACUCUGGAACCGAGAAGAAGUGCACUUGAGGACGAUUUUGAGGAAGAAGAGGAAGACAAGGAGGAACAGCCUAUGGAAAUUGAUGAACCGAAUGGUCGUGAAAAUGAUAAUCAUCGUGGAAGGAGCCUUGCCAGGGAACGGGAUAGGGACUGGGACCAUGACAGGAAACAUGAAAGGCAUAACAGGGACAAAGAUUAUGAUAGAGAUCGGGAUUAUGAUAGGGACUAUGGGAGAGGGCGGGAAAGACACCGAGAUAGAGAUCGUGAAAGAGACAGAAACCGGGAUAGGGAUAGAGACCGUCACCGCCUGCGAGAUGAUGAUUACAAUCGCAACAGGGAUAGGGACAGGGAGAGGGAUGGUAGGGAAAGGGAGCGCCGAGACAGAGACCGUGGCAGGCACAGGAGCCGCUCAAGGAGCAGAGAUCGACGGGACAGAGACCGUGAAGAUGGAGAGUACCGCAGGAGGCGUGGUCGUGGCAGUGUAAGUCCUCGAGGACGUGGUGAAGACGGUGGCCCAAGAGAGGAACCUAAGAGGAAGAAGGAAAAGAAAGAGAAGGGUGAAGGAAAUGCUCCGGACCCGAAUGACCCUGAGAUCAUAGAAAUGAACAAGCUACGGGCCUCACUGGGGUUGAAACCACUAAAGUAGUUUACACGAGUAAUGUUCAACUUGACCUGCAUCCAACCUUUUUUGUGCUGGACUUUUUCAGCUUGAUGUAACUAAACUUUUGUAUUGAUGUGGUUAUAUAUUCAUCAGGGCUUCCAUUUCUGUCUGCA